AUGAGUUUGUCCUGCUCCUCAUCUGGAUCCUCCCUCUCUUUCCUCUGGCUGAACGGCAGCUCUGAGGUUACAGCCAGCGACAGAGUUCAGCUCACUGAUGGAGGCUCUACUCUCACUAUAGUUAAUGUGACCCGCUAUGACCAGGGACCAUUCAGGUGUCGUGUGUUCAGUCCUUUCAGUAAUGGCACCAGUGAUCCAGUAAACCUCACCAUCAGGUAUGGCCCAGAAAAUAUUUAUUUCACAAUAUCUCCGACACAAGAAUACUUUGAGGAAGGAUCAAACAUCAGUCUGUCCUGUUCAGCUGUCUCCAGACCCUCUGCCUUGUUUAACUGGUUUCUGAAUGGAGACCUGCCAUCUGAUACUGGACCAGAGCUCACACUGAUAAACAUUCAGAUGAGUCGUAGUGGUAACUACAGCUGCCAGGCCUUUAACAAAAAAACCAUGAGAUAUCAAACUUCUCAGCCAUCAGUUGUCUCUGUACUGG